CACCUGAAUGUUGCAGUCUGUAGAGGAUAGACAGGGUCAGGAGGAGGGAGUUACAAGGGGAGGCUCUGGAGGAAAGUCCUGGGACUGCCUCCCUCUUCCAGCAUUAGGCUCUCUCACCUCUGGGACAUUGCACUCCAGGAAUGCCUGCUACAGUCUAAAACUUCUCUCUUCUAUGGAUUGUGAUUGUGGGGUCCUGUGUGCUACCUUCAUGCAUUGAGCUGGCAGCACCAAGAGGACCAUGCUGGCCAGGGAGGUGAGACUGCGAUGGAGAGCCUGCACCCUGCGCCUCCUGGUCCUGUGCCUGGCAUUCUUCCUCUGCACCCACUUCAUGGCUGAGCUCAGAAGAAAGUCCUGGCCACAGGGUGAUCUGCUGCUUAAAGGCCAACCAAGAGAGCCUGGCAUCUUCAUAGAGGGGCACGACAGGAGAGCAGAGGAGGUGCCCAGCAAGAGGCAGGUGAUAUAUGUCAGGAGGAGCAGCAGAGGUGGGGGCAACUCCAAUGUGCCCAAGAGGGACAACCUAAAGCCGGUACGAUGGCAAAUUGAUCUUCAGCCCUGGGCUGGCCCUUCACAUUCACUUGAAGAAGAAGCAACACGCUUUCUAAAGUACAUCUCAAAACCACAGAUUGUAUGUUCCCGACCAGUGACAAAUGGAUUGACGGAGAAGUCUGAAGACAGUAUAAAGCCUUGGACAAUCUGCCUGGAUCCCAAAUUCAGUUUGGAAUAUCAGAUCAAGAAUAAGCAAUGUCGUGUUUACUCAUUAGGGUUAGGAGAAGAUGACAGCAUAUUUGAAGUAAACCUGGCCACUAGCGGUUGUGAAGUCCAUCGGUUUGAUCCAAGUCUUGGGUCUGCUCACAUCCAUGAAGGGGAGCGACUUUGGCAUCAUCGACUUUCAGUUGAUUGGAGGGAUCCCAAACCAAUCAUUUCCCCACAUCGAUUACAUGGCAAUACUAAGAAGCUUGGAGCCAUUCUCAAUGAAUUUGGGCAUUGGAAGAUUGAUGUCCUGAAGGCAGACAUGGAGAGUGCAGAGUGGAAGAUCUUGGAGAAUCUGAUUUUAGAAGGUAUUGUGGAGCAGAUAGGACAGCUUGUUGUGGAAAUCCACCUUCACUGGCCUGGGUUUGAGGUCAGUGGAAAUGACAGCACUGUUGUGAGAUUCUGGUACAGCUUGUUCAAAGAACUUGAACGAAAAGACUUCAGACUUUUCUACACAUAUAAGGACUUAUCUAAACCACAAAUGUUCCUAAAGAAAGAAGCUUUUAAUGCAAGCAGUUGUUAUAUCCUCAGUUGGGUUAACACCAGAUGGUCAUGAAAUGAACAUUUCUACAGAGUUAUUGACAGAAGCCUCUAUUUUACAGAAAUCUGCUGGAUGGAGAAAUAUUUGUUUAUUUAAAAAUUAAAUUUGUAUACUUUUUUUUACAUGAA